UCCUGACCAACCACCUUGCACCUGCCACUUUCCUCAGGCGCAGGACUGGGUUUCAUGUAAGACCCUGGAGCAGAAUUGAGAGCAGCUGAACUAUAGUGUGUGAAUCAGAGGGACACAGGAGUUUACGUGCCUUUUUGAUCACAAUCAUGGGUCAGCUCUUCUCUAAUACACCUAACGAUGAAGACAAUGGAAAUUUGGAGUCCAGCUUCACUAAAUAUUUUAGGAAGUAUAAGCCAGAAACCAAAAUAAUUUCUGAGGAAAACAUCCGUUCAAUAGAGUUACGCCUGAAAAAGGGGGACAUUCAGGGAGCAAACUCUGUAAUUAGUGAUAUAUUAAAAAAUAUUGAUAAUGCCCCAAUAAAUAUUGCUGUGACAGGAGAGUCUGGAGCAGGGAAGUCCAGCCUCAUCAAUACCCUGAGAGAGAUUGAACACGAAGAGGAAGGUGCAGCUAAAGUGGGGGUAACAGAGACAACCACGGAAGCAGUUUCAUACAAACACCCCAAAGUUAAAAAUUUGACAUUAUGGGACCUGCCUGGUAUUGGAACUAUGAAAUUUCAACCAAAAGAUUAUCUGGAAAAGGUAGAGUUCAAAAAGUAUGACUUCUUCAUUAUUGCUUCUUCCACACGAUUUACAAAACAUGAACUAGACCUUGCCAAAGCAAUCAGAAUUAUGAAAAAGAAUUACUACUUCGUGAGAACCAAAGUGGACGUUGAUCUCGAAAAUGAAGAGAAAUGUCAUCCACGUACCUUUAAUAGAGAAACCACCCUGGAAGAUAUCCAAAAUUACUGUCUGGAUGGCUUUAAGAAUAAUAAAAUCGAGGAGCCUAAGGUUUUCUUGAUAUCUAACCACAGUUUAUCUGACUAUGAUUUUCCACUCCUGAUGGACACCCUGAUUAAGGACCUUCCUGCUGAAAAGCGCCACAACUUUCUGCUUUCCUUGCCUAAUAUUACUGAGGCAGCCAUCCAAAAAAAGUACAACUCCACUAAGCAGUUUAUCUGGUUGGACGCCAUGAAGGAUGGACUUUUGGCGACUGUUCCUGUAGUGGGCAUUUUAAAGGACUUGGAUAUGGACAGGCUGAAGAAUAUUUUAAACCACUAUCGUGACCUCUUUGGAGUAGAUGAUGAAUCCCUAAUGGCCAUGGCUAAGGAUUCCCAAGUGUCUGUUGAACUACUGAAAAAAAAACUUAAGUCUCCUUAUUUGUUGGAACUUAAAGAGGAAACAUUAGGAGGAAUGCUUUUGAACUGUUUGGAGAAAUUUGCCUCAGCUAAUGGCGGGCUCCUGGCAACGGGUCUUUACUUCAGGAAAACCUAUUACCUACAAUUUCAUUUCCUUGAUACAGUGGCUGAAGAUGCCAAAGUUCUCCUUAAAGAGGCAUAUUCAAAAAAAUAGCUCAAACUCAAUUUGCCCACAGCUACUUACAAUUACAAGACCAACAGGUUAAUACCAGGGAAUCAUUUGAUAAAUUCUCGCUCUGACAUCUUUUCUUUACACUAGCCAACCAACUAUAUCUAUGGGAGAAACCUGAGGACUAGGGUCAUGGGUAAUACUAUGUCAGAACCUGACAAUCCCCACUCUCUCUCCUCAACUCUACAUUCCCUAAUACCUUGCUCUUUGUCUAUGGGAAAAAAUUAAGGAUUAGGGUCAUAGGUAAUACUAUGUCAGAAUUUGAUAAUCCCCAAUCUCUCUUCAACUCUCUACAUUCCCUAAUAUCUUGUUCUCUGUCUUUGAACUCUACAUGCAUGCUUGAACACAUACACAUAGCACACCACAUUCACUCACACACACACACACCUGAACAAUUCUUCUUAUCCUCAUUAAGCCUGUGUUAGAAAAUGACUAGGAUAACUUACAGAUUCUAUCAACAAGAAGACUUUAAGAACCAAAAUAAAAGAAACCAUAACCACCAAUCCCAAGUUUGCUAUUAACCAAUCAAUUCCUAAAAUACCUAUCUGAAUUCUUCUAGAGACAAUAAAGAAGAUCUAUAAUUCUGUCCCAGGACUGGUUGAGAACCCUGAGGUCUUUCUUUCUAUCACUACCUAUUUUGAUUAUGAUCAUG